CAAACGCUCAUCAGUUGUGUAUAGCUGGAAAGAUGAACAAAACGCUUUGUUUAUCGGUGCUACUACUUGUUGCACGGGUUGGCGCUGAUUGUCAACUUGGCGCUGCGGAUGUAUCUCAGACAAAUCGUCUAUUUGCGUUUAGCGCCAAUAACCAGAUAUAUCCGUUACGUCUGGAUGUGGUGCGCAGCCAUCAAAAGUUGGAUAUGCUGUGCAGUUACCAGGACAUCGUGUACACCACUUGCCAGCCCAGUGGACAAUUCAAGCCGGCUCUGCCAGCCUUGCGGAAUUGCAGCAGUUCGCAAAAGGAAACCGUGGAAGUAGUUGUUGAUAGUCACUGUCCACAUACCACGUACCGUGUGGGCUAUAAGCUAAACGACGAGCAGUUCCUGGAGAUUUACAGAAGUUGUUUUGAUGCUGUUAAUCAAAGAGCGCACUUUGUCAAACAUUUGGCUUAUCCCAUCAAACUGAAAGGCAGACCUGUACAGGCCUUCACUACAGAUGGUAUCAUUAGCGGUGUUGCAGCCGCCACAUUCCAAAACAAGCACAUAUAUAAACGGUUCAAAGAGCUGCUUGGGCCAACUCAGCGGUUUGUUAACUCUUCGCGCGAUUUGGUCUUCGAUCGUGGCCAUUUGGCACCCUCGCUUGAUUUUGGCUUUGAGCAAUAUAUGCGUCAGACCUUCAAGUACAUCAACAUUGUGGCUCAGUUCCGCAGCAUCAAUCGCAGCAACUGGAAAACGGUCGAGAGCUGGCUACGCAAGCAGCUCACAAACGAUAUUUACCCAGCCCUCCAAGUGUGCACGGGCGGAUUGGGUGUACUCCAGCUGCCGGACAGCAGAGGUCAACUGACAGAUAUAUAUCUGGGAGCACGGAAUAGUAACCCCGUACCCAAAUGGCUGUUCAAGCUUAUUACCGAUGACGCUGGCACCUGUCUCGCUAUUCUCACCUACAACAAUGUCCACGACCCGAAGACCCCAUCACCGAAUUGCCGACAGGUGCCAUGUCCUCUAUCCCUGCAGCUUAUUGCUAAACGAGACUCAGGCUACAGCUUUUGUUGCGACCCCCACGACUUCAUCAAAAAGAAUGUACCACAGUUGGACACGUUUUGCUGAAGCCGCUAAUGACGAGAUAUAGACAAAAGUAAAUCUUUAAUCAGAAAUCAAAACACGUUUUCGUUUAGAAAUACUCCUACAGUUAAAUGAGCUGUUCGUAUACAAAUAUCCAUAGGUCUUAGUAUGUUGGACUAAAACAAGGUGUCAUAAAAGUAAAUAAAUAAUAAUUUUAGAUUUGAACAAGUUCGGGUUCAUCAAAAGGGACGCGUGCGAAUUUUCAUUAGUUAUAUCAAAAGCACAAUAUAUCUAUAUUUUUAU